AUGGACGUGCCGCCUAUACAUCCCGGGCCUUACGCUCCUGAGCUAUUAGUGCUACAGGGUGAUCAUAGGUCCGCCCAUAUAUGGGACGGAGAGUUACUGUCCCAGACUCUCUGCGCUAGGAGAGUGGACGACCUGUGGGAUUUUUUGAGGGAUAGAGAUCUCCAUCCUCGUGUAGUCCAGCGCCUGCAGGAUACGGGAUUCUAUAGGAUUAUUCAGAUCGGGCGGAUGCAACUCGAAUGGGCUUUAAUCACGGCGUUGAUUGAGCAGUGGCGACCGGAGACACACACUUUCCACCUGACCAUUGGCGAGGCCACCAUCACGUUGCAGGACAUGGAGCUUUUAUAUGGCCUGCUCGUUGAUGGCAUGGCCCUGCUCACGGGUUUUAGGCCACAGGACGAGACUACAUCGUCGGGAGCCAGUCGGAUGAGUUUGACCCCUAUUAGACAGUACUUGGAAGUACUCUACCCCGAGAUCGCCGUCGAUGCAGAGGAGCUACAUAUUACCCGGUAUACGAGCUGGGGUGCUGCUGUUCUCGCCUACAUGUACAGGCAGAUGUGCCAGGCGAGCAUGGGAACCCAGAGUGAUGUUUAUGGUUUUCUGUCGCUUCUACAGGUUUGGGCCUGGGAGUGGUUCUUGCAGUUUCAGCCACCUCUACCACAAUUACCUCCUAACGUAGCACCUCCGUUUCUCCCUCUAGCCAGGAGGUGGGUUCUCCGUCGUACACUUGCACGAGAGUAUGAUGCUCAUCAUAAUCUCCCCCUCUGCAGGGAUGUGUUGGAUCUGCUAGAGGGCGCAUAG